AUGCAUGCCAAGACACUUCUACUCGGCCUUGGCUGCGCCUCCGUCGCCUGGGCACAGCUUGCGGAUACCACCGACUACCCAAUUGGACCGUUAACUUCGUCAGAUACUAAAUGGGCCACGAAGGUUUGCGACAUCACCAAGUACGGCGCUGUAGCGGACGGGGCAACAGAUUCCGGGCCCGCUAUCCUGGCUGCCUUUGAUGCAUGUGCUUCGGGCGGAGUUGUGAAUAUUCCGUCAGGAACAUUUGCUCUGGAAACAUGGGUCACACUCAGUGGAGGAAGUGCGUGGGCUAUCAAUCUCGAGGGAACCAUCGUUCGCACUGGAACGGAUGGUGGUAAUAUGAUCUACAUUGAGCAUAGUACCGACUUUGAGCUGUACUCUUCCAAUGGUGAAGGUGCGAUGCAAGGCUAUGGCUAUGUGUUCCAUGCUGAAGGAGAAUAUGGUCCCCGUCUCCUGCGCCUUUACGACGUGACAAACUUUGCUAUUCACGACAUUGCUCUCGUCGACUCCCCGGCUUUCCAUCUGACCCUCGAUACUUGCAACCAGGGCGAGGUAUACAAUAUGAUCAUCCGAGGUGGGAAUGAAGGAGGCCUUGACGGUAUUGACCUUUGGGGCUUUGACCUCUGGGUUCAUGAUGUCGAAGUCACCAACAAAGACGAAUGCGUCACCGUCAAGAGUCCGGCAAACCAUAUCCUUGUCGAGAAUAUCUACUGCAACUGGUCUGGUGGCUGUGCGAUGGGCUCUCUGGGAAUUGACACAGGUGGGUUUCGGUUUUCCAUUAACUUUUUAUUCAGGACAGAGCAGUUGGAGAACCUAUCAAGUAGAGACAAAGAAGCUAACUUUGAGGGUUUAGAUAUAUCGAAGGUUGUUUACAACAACAUCUACACCGUGAACUCGAACCAAAUGUUCAUGUUCAAGAGCAAUGGAGGCAACGUGACCGAAGUAACUCUGCAGAACUUCAUCGGCCAUGAGAAUGCCUACUCCCUCUACAUAGACGCAUACUGGUCAUCCAUAAGCGCAGCUGCAGGAGACGGAGUCCUGUACAAUUCCAUCACAUUCAGCAACUGGAAGGGAACCUGCGCGAAUGGCGCUACUCGCGCCCCACUAUACGUCUUGUGUCCAUCAACUCAGCCGUGCACAAACAUUAUCAUUGAAGACUUCGCCAUGUGGACAGAGUCUGGAAGCACAGAGUACUACAAGUGCGCGGAUGCUUGGGGCUCGGGUUACUGUCUAGAGGGAGGAUCUGCACAUACCGCGUACGGUACAGUCACCUCGACGUUGACAGCUGCACCAUCGGGAUACUCGGCGACGACGAUGCCUAAUCAGCUUACCGCUGGAUUCGGACUUAGCACGUCGAUUCCAAUCCCAACCGUUCCGAACACUUUCUUCCCAGGUGCUACGCCAGCCACUGCUAGGGUGUACGGUAGUUAG